UCUUUUGCGCCGUGCAAAACGAGACUUUCCACGGGACAGGAAAGUAUGCCACGAAUUACGCCUUAAUUGGAAUAUUGACCUUAAUUGUGUUCGGGAAUAUUGUAACGUUACUGGUUUGGCGGAGAUCAGAACGGUUUCUGCGCUUCUAUCAAGUAUUUUUCUUCACGGUGCCAUCAAUUUUUUGGGCUCUACUCCAUUACAAAGUUUGGUCGGAGCAACGGAUCCCGAAAACUUUGGGAUUAACACCGCUGUUAAAUUUCUGGUUUUGUCUGUCAUUUCUGAAUGGCGGGAUUCUGCUAGGCAUUUAUCAGGACUUGGUGCGAACACAUGUCGGAUACCCGCCAGCUUCGAGGACUAUAGGAAUUCAUGUCAGGAAGGUGGUCACGUUACAUUUCUGGGGAAAUUUGAUUUACGCAGUGCUGGUUUUGAUACAUGUCUUCGUGGCACAAUUUACCCAAGUUGGAGCUUUUUAUGAUUUCCUUCCGUUUACGGUUCCAAUUUUCUUAAGCGAAGUUACACGAUUGAUAUUUUCGCCCAUUUUAUACAAAGCUUACAAAUCGAAAAAUGCCCAACUGAUGACCCGCUUCGUGGUCCUCACAUAUGCAAAUGACUUAACUGGGAAAGCAAUCCAAUAUGUGUCCGACUACAAGAGACAAAUUGUGCUGGCCAAACCGGCCGGACUUUUUGAUAAACCUGGCUCCAUUACUUUUCCAUUCGAACUUUUCCUGUUCGUUUAUUGUUAUAGACUUUGGUUCGUUUACAUAAACUAUUUUAAACGACGGAACGAAUCGAUUGAAAUAGACCAAUUUCACCGCCAUUUCGAAAAGUUUAUCGGUACUUCGAAAAUUGGAGUGGUCAAGGUGAAAUGCGACCAAACUGAGCAAAGCUAUUUGGGCGAAGGAUUUUUCGGCAAAGUGUACAAAGCCGAGAUGAUCUAUCCAAAGGAAGAAAUCGUGGCGGCAAAAUUCGUUACAGAUUUUAAAUCGGUGCUAAAAGAUGCCACCGCCUUGGAAAAAGAGCUUCGAAUUUUAAACUUAUUAUCGACCCCGUCAGGGAACAAAAACCUGGUGGGGUUUUACGGGAUUGCGUAUCAUUACUCUAAUCAAACGUUCGAGAUUGGAAUCGUGUUGCAAUUUUGUGCAGGAGGAACGAUCAAGAAUCGUUUGGAUGGGAUAAGAACGGAUUAUAGUUUUCCGGCGAAUGUAUCCUCGGAAAUUUUGGAAUCUCUGGACAAGUGGGGUCUCCAAGUCGUGAAUGGGAUGAAGUAUUUGGAAUCUAGAAAUGUGAUUCAUGGGGAUCUUUCCGCGAGAAAUGUGCUUUUAGACGAAGCUGGAAAUGCAAAAGUGUCUGAUUUCGGAAUGUCAUUGAGAUUAUAUCAAUACGAAGAAUACGCUCAUCCCGGACAAUCCGUUUUCCCAUGGCGACACAUGUCCAUUGAAGCCAUACGCGAUUUAAAAUUUUCUGUAAAAUCCGACGUCUGGUCAUUCGGCGUUCUUCUCUGGGAAUUUUACACUUUCGGGGAAACUCCAUGGGACGGGAUUGAAUGGAACGCGGACUUUGUACAGUUAUUGAUUGAUGGCCACGUGUUACGAGAGCCUCCUUAUGGAGGUCCACUUUAUAAAAAAGUGAUGCUUCCUUGCUGGAAUGCGGAGGCUUUGGGUCGUCCGUCCUUUGGAAAACUGGAAUUACUACUGUCUCGUGCCGACUAAGGAGAAGCAGUAGUUUAGUUAUGGAAUUUUGAAAGUUAC